AUGGUGAUGAUGGUGAUGAUGGCAGUGGUGGUCAGGAUAUACCCCGAGAUGGUGGCCAAAUGGUGCAUGGUGAGGGGCAAAGAGCAAACCUAUGGCGAGGUCAACCAACUGGGUGGCGUGUUCGUGAAUGGAAGACCACUGCCCAACGCCAUUCGGCUGAGAAUAGUGGAGUUGGCCCAGCUCGGGAUCAGACCCUGCGACAUCAGCCGGCAGUUGCGCGUCUCGCACGGCUGCGUGAGCAAGAUUCUGGCGCGGUACAACGAGACCGGCUCCAUUUUACCUGGCGCAAUCGGCGGGAGCAAACCUCGCGUCACGACACCCAACGUGGUGAAAAACAUCAGGGAAUACAAACAGAACGACCCCGGGAUCUUUGCGUGGGAGAUCCGAGACAGACUCUUGGCAGAUGGAGUUUGCGAUAAGUACAACGUGCCCUCGGUGAGCUCAAUCAGCAGGAUUUUACGCAACAAAAUUGGGAAUCUGUCCCAGCCCAACCAGUACGAAGGCGGCAAGCAAGCCUCCGCGCAGGCCAGUCUCUCUUACAACCAUAUUUAUCCUUACCCUUAUUCCAACACCAUGUCACCCACUGCCACAAAAAUGGGCUCCCCUGCUGGGGUGCCGGUGACGGCCGGGCAUAUGAGCAUCUCCAGGGCUUGGCCCUCUGCACACACUGUCAGCAACAUCCUCGGGAUUCGAGCCUUCAUGGACCCCGCAGCUAUUGCCGGGACGGAUGGAUAUCCGACCAAAAUGGAAGAAUGGAGCAGCGUCAAUCGAGCAGCUUUCCCUGCAGCUCACUCAGUCAACGGCAUCGACAAAUCAUCCAUUGAUGCUGACAUAAAAUACGCACAGCCGUCCUCCACGCUGUCCAGCUACGUCUCGGCGUGUGCAUACUCUCCAACAAACCAGUAUGGGGUGUACAGCGGUCCAGCGGGCGGGUACGUGGCCCCGGGUCACCACCACUGGCAGCCACAGAGCCCGGCCCUGUCUCACCCGGGUAGCGCAAUGAGCAUGCACGCGGGCGAGAUCCACUCUCCGAUGGCCUUCAAGCACCACACCCGAGAAGGAGAAAGGAAACCUCCCAGUCCGUUGAGCAAGCAGCAGCAUGAAGACUUGAACAGUGUGCAUGGACUCAGUCUCCCUACCUCAUCAUCAUAA